CCGGCACCGGCCACUCAAAAUCCCCAGACUUUCCAAGCCCAAAAUCAAAAUCCCACCUCUCUCCGAUCCCCCCUUCUUCCUCCUCUCGUUUCGUUUCUUGCGGCCGAGGGGAUCGUCGAUCGAUCCAUGGCAACAAUGGGCGUGGGCGGAGCGGUGAAGAUGAUCAUCGGGGCGAAGGAGGAGCGGGUGGUGGCCACGGGCAAGGCGCCCGGCGCUUGCCCGUCCUGCGGCGGCCCCGUGGUGGCGACCGACGUGGAGAGCGAGCGGCGCAUCCUCUGCCUCCCGCUGUGCCUCAAGAGCAAGCGCAAGUACUACUGCACCAGGUGCUUCCGCCGCCUCGUCACCGUCUACAGCUAGUAGCUCAUCAAGCCUCUCCUCAUGCCGAUCCAUCCAUCCAUCCAUCGAUCAACUAGCGUGCGGAGUUCUUUGGUUCUUAGUUGGCCGUGGUUACGGCCCUAGAGUAGCUUGCUAGCCUGGCUAAUGUAAUGUAAUGGUGAUUCUGAGUUAAUUCUUCUAUAUCUAGCUUAUUUGGUGGGCGUGCAUCCCGUGAAGGGCUGCAAAACUGGCACUCUGCUGUGUCUUGCAGCAACCUCUGGCGGUGCACCUCCGCGUUAAUGCGCAGGCCAGUAAUGGAAACCUGGAACGCGCCAGCUCCUCCUUCCUGAUUAAGUUUUUUUUUGAGUAAUCCUUCUUGAUUAAGUUUUUUUGAGAUAUUCCUUCUUGGUUAAGUA